UUAAAAUUUGCACUUUCUGAAAUAAAACAUAUAUAUACAUUUUAAGUUCAGUACAUGUGCAGGAUGUGCAGGUUUGUUACAUAGGUAAAUGUAUGCCAUGGUGGUUUGCUGCACCUAUCAUCCCAUUGUCUAGGUAUUAAGCCCAGAACGCAUGAGCUAAAUUUUCUGAUGCUCUUCCUCUCCCCAUACCCCCGAUAGGUCCCAGUUGUUCCUCUCCCUGUGUCUAUGUUAAAACAUACAUCUUUUAAUAUGACUGCUAAAAAUGAUCAUUUCAGGGUCUCGAAUAUUGUCAAGCAUUCUUCAUCUCCAUCAGAGAGCAAGGAAGUAUGAGCCCUGAGAACCUGAGCAGCGUGUCCGAGUUCCUCCUCUUGGGUCUCCCCAUCCAGCCAGAGCAGCAGGCGGUGUUCUUUGCCCUGUUCCUGGGCAUGUACCUGACCACAGUGCUGGGGAACCUGCUCAUCAUCCUGCUCAUCCGGCUGGACUCUCGCCUCCACACCCCCAUGUACUUCUUCCUCAGCCACUUGGCUCUCACUGACAUUUCCUUUUCAUCUGUCACUGUCCCUAAGAUGCUGAUGGACAUGCAGACAAAGUACAAAUCGAUACCCUAUGAGGAGUGCAUUUCUCAGAUGUAUUUUUUUGUAUUUUUUACUGACCUGGACAGCUUCCUUAUUACAUCAAUGGCGUAUGACCGAUAUGUUGCCAUAUGUCACCCUCUCCACUACACCACCAUCAUGAGGGAAGGGCUCUGUGCCUUCUUAGUGACUGUAUCUUGGAUUCUGUCUUGUGCCAGCUCCCUCUCUCAUACCCUUCUGCUGACCCGGCUCAUGAAGAGUGGGAACCAGAGCAGCAUAUCUGAGUUCCUCCUCCUGGGUCUUCCCAUACUGCCAGAGCAGCAGGCCAUGUUCUUUACCCUGUUCCUGGGCAUGUACCUGAUCACGGUGCUCGGAAACCUGCUCAUCAUCCUACUCAUCCGGCUGGACUCUCACCUCCACACCCCCAUGUACUUCUUCCUCAGCUGCUUGGCUCUCACUGACAUCUCCCUUUCAUCUGUCGCUGUCCCAAAGAUGUUAAUCAGCAUGCAAACUCAGGAGCAAUCUAUUCCCUUUGCAGGGUGUGUAACUCAGAUGUAUUUUUUCAUAUUUUUCACUGAUCUGGACAAUUUCCUUCUCACCUCAAUGGCAUACGAUCGGUACGUGGCCAUCUGUCACCCACUCCGCUACACCACUAUCAUGAAAGAGGGACUGUGUACCUUGCUAGUAGCUGUGUGCUGGAUCCUCUCCUGUACCAAUGCCCUGACUCACACUCUCCUCCUGGCCCAGCUAUCCUUUUGUGCUGACAACACCAUCCCCCAUUUCUUCUGUGACCUUGCUGCCUUACUCAAGCUCUCAUGCUCAGACAUCUCCCUCAAUGAGCUGGUCAUUUUCACAAUGGGACAGGCAGUCAUUACUCUACCACUAAUAUGCAUCUUGAUCUCUUACGGCCACAUUGGGGUUAGCAUCCUGAAGGCUCCAUCUACCAAGGGGAUCUGCAAAGCCUUGUCCACCUGCAGCUCCCACCUCUGUGUGGUGUCUCUGUAUUAUGGCACAAUUAUUGGACUGUAUUUUGUCCCCUCGUCCAGCGCCUCCAGCGAUAAGGACAUAAUUGCCUCUGUGAUGUACACGGUGGUCACCCCAUUGCUGAAUCCCUUCAUUUAUUGCCUAAGGAACAGGGACAUAAAGGGAGCCCUGGAGAGACUCUUCAACAGGGCAAUAGUCUUAUUUCAAUGACAUUUGUUCUUCUUUAUAGCAGACACAUGUGUCGACCUAUCUCCAGAUGAUAGAUUCUUAAUCCUGAUCCCAGCAAGGGAUAAGUGCUCAGUAACUCUUUGAUGACUUGAAUUGCAUUCUGUUACAAUUAUUCUCUCUUUUCCUCUUUAGCAUAAAUGGUGAAUUCUGAGUUUAUAUAAUUGUUUAUUUGUCUUGCCUAUUAGAUUCAGAAAUUACAUAGCUAACAGAACUUAAAUCUUUCCUUUUAUUUCCUGGCAAUUCAUUUUUUCAUAUGAAUUGUUUAAAUAUGUUGACUAACAGGCUUCCCUUGGCAGAGAAAGGUUGAAGGAUUGGGUAUUUGUAAAGUUGUUUUCCUUUCCUUCUUCUCAUUCAGUUCUCGUCUUACGUUUUUGAUUGUUGGUGGUGAUGGUGGUAGGUCAGGAGUAGAAACUGUAUAGUACCCUUUACAGAUCCAAAAAGCUAUUCACUGCCAUAAGUUCAGCUGCUCCACUUCAGAGCUUGAGGUUCCUCCUUGAUUUCAGGAACACUGACCACUCUUCUAGACUACAACAUCUUUCAUUCAACAGUUCACUUUUAGACCAGUUGUCUAUGAAGUUUUCUGACUACACAUGUGAGUUUCAAUCACGACACAGACUCACUCCAGGUAAGGAAUGAGAACAAAAGUGUUCACAGUCAGUAGCCUUCUGUCACGCUCACUGAACUUGGUCCCUUUCCCAUUCAGUCCCUUCACUGUCAUUCUCAGUGAAAAGCACUUCUAUCAGCUUAGUGACCCCUGGUUUGUAUUAUUUGCCCAAGUAAUUGUCUAUCAUUUUCUUCUAUAUUCUUCACCAUCCAGUGAAGGGGCACACAGGUCUCUCUCUUCAUUCCCCUACUUAGUUAAAGAUAAACAGAAUUACAAAUGCUUCUGAGAAUCAACAUUAUGUAGUUGCAAGAGAAGAAUAUUUGGAAAGAUGGAUGUCAUCUGUAAUCUGUAUAUACCAGGGUGGUGGUUGUGUGGCCUUUGACAAUUCACUUAACUCAUCUGAACCUGAAUUUCUUCUUCUCUAUAGGUGAAAAAUUUCUAAAACACCUAACAUAUUUUUUAUUUGAAGGAAAUGCAAUAUUAAAUUGGGUUUAACACUACAACAGACCAAGAAUAAUGAAUGUUAGUUUCCUCUUCCUUCUCUGUCAGAACUGAGUUUUGAAGCAGAACUUGUGCAGACACUCCUGAAUUAUGGUGACUAUGGGCAGCUGGCAUGUUGGUCAUAUUUCUGAUUCAAAAGCAAUACACUGCCCUAGGACACAGCAACACAUCUGUUCUGGCUUGAGCUAGAACCAAAUAACUAAAGGCCAAUGAAUGAGUGAGCUGAUAUGUGAGUAGAUAAGGGAAGACAAUUCAGAAGAAUACCUUACUCUUCACUUGUUUUGAUAUCGACUCACAGAGUGACCCUUCAUCAGGGGCUUGUGUAGCUGCCUUUGGCAUCCCAGAUUCCUUUGUAGAACAACAGAGAGUGCCACCCCUACCCCUUGCUGCAAGCACAGAGCCACUUUGUUUACAGGCUUAGCCCUGACCUUUUCCAGAGCCAAAAUCUGAACAGGGAUAGAAUCUUUAUUGUUGGUUGGACAAAGCAUGUCUUGGUAGCCUCAGCACACCCGUGAACUGCUGUACACUCUCAUCCCUGCUAUGGUGAUGUGAUCUGUGGAACUGAGUGCCUGCCUCAGUUUCCCUGCUGGCACUCCAGUUCUAUUGUUCAGAUCCCUGAAGAUCUGCCCAGUCUUGUCAGGCCCAUCCUCCAGAGAGGCCAACAUUGUCAUUUAUGUUCUUAGCCACAGGCUGGUGACAUUCCUCUGAAUGGCGUUUCCUCAAGAAAUGGCAAGCUCACUUGUCUGUUGGGAAGUUUUAUCUCUGUCUGUCCUACUAGUCCACCCCAUCUCCCAGAUCGGUUUGCUUUGGUUUUGCAUAGCCCAAAGCACACUGCUGUGCACCAUGUUGAUUUGAAUAUGUAAAUAGAACUGGACAUCAAUCACAUUCAAAAUAUAUACUUUAUUAGAGUGCAUUUCCCUCCAGCCAGGCCAGUGCUAAGAUUCAUGGCCUUUUCCAGUGAAGCACCUCACUGAGUUUAGAACAAAGCUAACAAGCAACAGCAUGUUUGAAAACCAUGAAUGUGAGAUUUGUUCACAAGCUUACAAAUACUUUUGAAAAUUGGUAAUUAUUGACUUAUCAAGUGACCCGUGUACAUCCUUCUCAAAAGUUAACAUUAAUUCUUUCACAGUGUGACAAUAGAACAACCUUUGUCAGAGGGGGGAAUCAAAAUACCCUAGAACCAGGUGCUCCAGCACUUGAUUUUAGCACAUAUAUAACACAGAAUUCUGACAUGGAAAUUUUAAAAGUAAACAAAAAUUAUUCAUUUUCUCAUAGAUUGAAAGUGGAAGGGGAGUUUGUUAAAGAAUUAAAUUCACUUAGGUUUUGAAGA